GUGUAGCAGGAAGAUGCGCAGCAUCGUGGAGAGGUUCAACACUGAGCACCAAACGGAGGGGUUGACGGCCAGUUACCGUCAUGGCCCAGUGAAGACCGAGGAAAGAACUAGGCGCAAGGAGCGAGCGCUCGGCUUGAAACCAUCUGCUGACACCUUCGAAGGUCGGACUACGGCCUCGCAAGUCUUGGACAUAGUCCGUGGCACGAUUUCGGUGAACUCACCGCAGGCCGCGCUUCGAAUGCUGGACCUCUUCAGGACCUUGGACAAAUCGCUGGAUCGGCUCCUGCUGGUUCGGGUGAUCAAUCGCUACCACCCGGAGUCCGAGACCUUUUGUGGACACAGAUUUAUCGAAAUGAACGUCCUUUUCCGCAAUGGCGUCAGGGCAGGAGCAUGUGGGCGCGAAGGGAAGUCCAUCGACCUGGCAUUGGUUGGCGAGGUAUGUAUUGUCCUGGAUGACUGGUUGCAAGUUCACAGACAAAGGCACUUGCUCUACAAGUUGCAGCAAGGCUUCUUCGACUGGGUCCCAGAGGAUGAAGAGCCUGCAGAUGAGGGGGAUGACUUUCUUAGCACAUUGUCUCUUGGAGGAGACUUCUUCAACCUGGAUGGCGAAUGA